CCACCGCAGUCUGGCCGUACCCGUCUGCGCCCUUAGAGUCACGGCGAGGCCCCGCGGGACCCGGGAGGCAGCUGGGCCGGCACAGCGCAGCUCCAGCGUCCGUUGUUGCGCACAAAAGCAGCCGACCCGCGCCCGGGGUGCGAGCUGCCCCCGCCGUCCGCGAGUCAGCGCGGCUGCACGCGCCGUGCGCCUUAUGCCCCCGCGCCCCCGCCGCGGCAGCCCGAGCGUCCCGAGAGAUCGCGCCAUCGCGGGGCCUGGGUGCAGCUAGCAACCCUCGGCCCCUCAGCGCGCAGCCGGACGUGAGCGGUGAGCGGCGAGCCGGACGGCAGCGAGGCGCUCGCGGGCCCCUUCCUGCUGCCCGGGCCCGGCCCGCUCAUGGCGGCCAUCCGUAAGAAGCUGGUGGUGGUGGGCGACGGCGCGUGCGGCAAGACGUGCCUGCUGAUCGUGUUCAGUAAGGACGAGUUCCCCGAGGUGUACGUGCCCACCGUCUUCGAGAACUAUGUGGCCGACAUCGAAGUGGACGGCAAGCAGGUGGAGCUGGCGCUGUGGGACACGGCGGGCCAGGAGGACUACGACCGCCUGCGGCCGCUCUCCUACCCAGACACCGACGUCAUUCUCAUGUGUUUCUCGGUGGACAGCCCGGACUCGCUGGAGAACAUCCCCGAGAAGUGGGUGCCGGAGGUAAAGCACUUUUGCCCCAACGUGCCCAUCAUCCUGGUGGCCAACAAGAAGGACCUGCGCAGCGACGAACACGUCCGCACGGAGCUGGCGCGCAUGAAGCAGGAGCCGGUGCGCACGGACGACGGCCGCGCCAUGGCCGUGCGCAUCCAAGCCUACGACUACCUCGAGUGCUCCGCCAAGACCAAGGAGGGCGUGCGCGAGGUCUUCGAGACGGCCACGCGCGCCGCGCUGCAGAAGCGCUACGGCUCCCAGAACGGCUGCAUCAACUGCUGCAAGGUGCUAUGAGGGCCGCGCCCGGCCGCCUACCCCUUACCGACGCCCCCUCCCGGGCCGGUCCCCUGCGAGCCCGGAGAAGGGGAGGCCCGCGCCCAUCACCAGGGACCCCACCAGUCUGCCUGGCGUCUGCGGCGCCGAGAAUCGCGUGGGCAUCGGGCGCCCCCUUCUCAGUGUCUGUGUGAGUCUAGCCGUGUGGCACAGGCCCGGGCGCCACUACUGAGUGCUAAGGGUCCCCCUGGACAUCCUCUUCUGAGGAGCCAAGCCUCAAGACUGUUUGACUGCGUGUACGUUCGACUGCCCCUCGCCAUCAUUUUCACACCACUCCCCUGCCACCUCGGGUCCCCAGGGGGUGCGAGUGCGACCGCGCCCCAUCAGAUGUUCGCUGGGACCCCGCGAGCGCCUGCCAUGUCUUGUUUGUAACAUAGACCCUGGGAACUGCGGGAGGGAGGGCGGGGAGGAGGGAAGGGUGUGCUAUAAAUACAGAUCUAAUUUUAUUUUCGGAGGAGAGAUGGUGUUAUUUAAUGGUAGUGGUGGGUGUAGUGGCCAGGGCGUUGGAAGAACUCUGGCCCAGGCCGGCUCAGUUGCCCACCCAGGCAUGAACAGGACUUGGCCAUCUUUCUGACCCCUCGGGAAGACAUUUGCAACUGACUUGGGGCUGAAGGGACACAGCUUCUAGACACAGAGUCUCCUGCGGGCCAGCCCCAUAGCGAACCCCUCUGCAGCUGGCGGAGGGAGAGUGUGCGUGGGGGCUGUUUUUGCCAUAAGUGAACUUUGUGCCUGUCCUAAAAGUGAAAACUGUUCAGUCCAAGAAACUGAUGUUAUUUGACUUAUUUAAAAGCUGAAACUUUUUUUUGGGGGGGGGGAAGAAUCCUUUGCACAGUUUCAUUGUUUGACACUUAAUGCACUUGUCAUUUGCAUAAGGCAGUAGCAUUCUGUAUGCUGUAACCUCAUCUACUUCUGAUUUUUUU